AUGGACGAAUCAAAAAAUAAUAACAUUCGAGGAGAUCAACCAAAUACUUCAACAGAAAAUGAAUGUCAUGAUUGUCCAGAAUGGGCAAAAAAACUGGAAGAAACCUUACGUGGACUAGAGCCUCUCUCAGCACCAAAAUGUCGUAUUUACAAGGUUCCAGAUCCCCUUCGCAAAUUGAACAAAGAAGCUUACAUCCCUCAGGUUAUUUCAGUAGGGCCUUUCCACCAUGGCAACGAAAAACUGCAGUCAAUGGAAAACUAUAAAAUGAGAUAUCUCAAGAGUUUCAUGAAACGAGCCAAGAUAAACAUGAAGAAGUUAGCAAGCACUAUACAAGAUUCGGAGGAAAGCGUACGUGAAUGUUAUGCAGAGGCUAUUCCGUUUGAUCGUGGUACUUUUAUUAAAAUUAUCCUGGUGGAUGCGAGCUUCAUCAUUGAGUUUUUCUUGAGAAAAUGGUCAGGAAACUGGACAGAUGACGACUUUAUGGUGCUAAAACCAUGGCUAACUUCUAGGAUGCAAUUAGACUUGAUAUUACUUGAGAAUCAACUUCCUUUCUUUAUAAUCAAGAAUUUGUAUAUGCUUGCACUCGGGUCUCAUUCAAUAUACCCACCCUUCCUUGAGCUUACCUUUAACUACUUUGAACUCCACAAUCUUCAAGAAAAACGUCCUGAUGAUCGAGAUUUAGAAAUAAUGCACUUCGUUGAUUUGCUUAGAUACUUUUACCUGCCUCCUCCCCAAAGUCUUCCAGAAAGAAGUACUGAAGUAGCUAAGGAAAUGUACUGUGCCUCCCAGCUGGCUGAGGCAGGAUUGAAGUUUCAGCUAAGUUCAAGCAAAUGCUCCCUUGACCUAAAAUAUAAUAAGGGAGUGCUGGAAAUCCCAAGUUUUACAUUAGACAAUGCCACGGAGAUUUAUGCUCGGAACCUCAUGGCCUUGGAGCAAUGUCACUAUCCAGAUGACGCAUAUGUUACUGAUUAUAUUUUCAUGUUAGAUUUCCUUAUCGAUACAGGGAGAGAUGUGGAUUUACUUGUUCGAGAGGGGAUCCUUGUGAAUGGAUUGGGUGACAACAAUGCAGCUUUUGUCAACAAUCUGUGCACCAAUAUCUCAUACUCGGCCAUGAAUCUUGAUUAUUUUAGUCUUUGUGAGGAUUUGAAGACUUUCUACAAGGACCCUUUACAUAUCAUGAAGGCUACCUUAAAACAUGAUUAUUUUCGCACGCCUUGGAUGGGCGCUUCUACUAUUGCUGCUGUUAUCUUGUUGGUCCUCACUCUCGUACAAACAGCAUGCACUGUCAUGCCCCUGUUGUAG